GGCGUUUUUUUGCCUGAAUAUCCAGUACCAGCUUCCUCUUCUCCUUUUAAAUAGUUCACUUUGACAUCGAACUGUCUGCUUUGUCGUCUACUCACGUGCUUACAACUUCCAAUGGGCUGGCUCUGGGGCGAUUCAAACAAGGACGACCCCGUCAAGAAGCUCAGUCCAGAGCUGAAGGAGUUCCUUGAGAAGGAAACACCGGCCAAGUAUGUCCCUACAGAACCGGCUCAACCGACUCAAAAGCCCUCCGAGAAGACAGUAGAUUCAUAUGAUCAAGCCGCGCCGUCCGAUUCCUCGAAACCUCUCGUCCCUUCUGCCUCGCUAUUCCCCGAUGGCCGCUAUGCCCACCUGUGGAAGACCUACAAGCCUCUUGAGGAAGUUGAAGGGAAUCCAAUCACGGGGGCUCAGAGAGUGGUUGAAAAAUUCAAAGAGCGCAAGGAUGCAGUACACCAGGCGGCUAUGGAGAAUUGCGCUUUGGAACACGAAGCUUUGACAAACUGUUUCCAGACCGGCGACUUACAGCAACGAGUGUGGUCUCGUAUAACUAUGUGCUCUGAGGCCAAUUCGAAGUUUUCUCGCUGCUUUACCACCCAGGCUAAAUUUCUACAAGCUCUGGGCUACGCUGCCUCGUUUCAUCACGAUGAAGAACGGGAAGAACGGAUCCAAAUGCAUGCCGACAAGCUCUAUCACCAGAUGCUUGGCUACGAGAAACAAGUAGAGGAAGCUAAGGCGGCUGGACGGGAACCGCCUCCCCUUACGUCUCUCUUCAACCCAGGCGCGAAGCCGCAAGUUCAGAAAUUGAACAAUGGAGCAGAGCUGGAAAUACCUAGUGGAGAGAAGAUUCCACAAGGCUUCAAGCCAUCUAAGCCUCUGGAUCAACUCACUCCACAUGAACGGGAGUUGGAGAUUCGUGCACACAAUGCUCAACUAGAACAGCAGAAACAGUACCUCCAGGAGGCAUCACCCUUCCUCAAAUCUCAGGAAGAUUCCCGACAGAAGAGGAGGGAAAAGGCAGUGAAAUGGUUUGGAGAGACUGUUGGAACGUGGAUUACGUAGACGACCAGCAUACUAUUUUGUAAAAUACCGGGUUGGGACACAGCGACAACAGGCGUUAGCAAUGGGUUUUCUUCUUCUAAAAAAGACGUAUAAUGUACAGAAGCGACGCCGAGCACUUAUAAAUCGUCAAUUGGCAUUGCCAUGUAGCAAAUAAGCUGGAUUGUGCGCUGAGAGCCAGCCGUCAC